CAGUCAAGUCCAACAUAAGCUCUUCUUUCUCUGUGUGGAUUACCGCUCUCUUAAAAAUACCCUUAUGAGAUACUGGACAACUUCCAAAGUUCGAAGAUGGUAAAACUGUGUAUUUUGACGUUGGUUACACUCCUCCUUUUUCAGGUGGAGACAGACGCAGCCACCUGCUGCCUUAGUUAUACUAAACACCCCAGACGCUGUGCAGUUCUGAAAGGCUAUGAUAUCCAGGGCAUAACUGGCGGCUGUGAUCUUGCAGCUAUUAUCUUCCACACCGAAAGAGGAAGAUUAAUCUGUGCUGACCCCACACAACCUUGGACACAAAAAAGAGUCGAGUGCCUAAAGAUGAAAGCAGCAAAUGUGAAGAAAAUCAGCUCUACGAAUUACUCUUAAGAACACAAAAAUUACUUCUGAAGAUCUUUCUAUAUAUAUAUAUAUAUAUAUAUAUAUAUAUAUAUAUAUAUACACAUAUAUAUAAUUAUAUUCUUUAUUGGCAUUACUUAAUUGCACUUUCUUCAACAGAUUAUUUAUAGAGGGCAAAUUACAAGCUACUAAAUAGAUUUGCUAUGUAUUUUAGAACUUUUUUUUACUUUUUUACAAUGCAAAAUACUUUUUGUACUGAUAACUAACUCACUAAUUCAGUUCAUUGUUUUGUUUUUUUAACUAAUUCUAAUACCAUUUAAAUGUUUUCUAUAAAGCAAUUAUAUAUUUAAAGGAAUUAUAUAUUUGAUACCUGUAAACCAUUCACAAAUGGUCUCAAGCCUGUAUUUUAUUCUUUAUUUUGUGGAAUGGUGCCUAUGGUUACUCAGUGCUGCCCUCUUCUGUUCAAGUCAUGCCAGUAUGACAAAGUAGGAAUUUUUUUCCACUAUAUAAACUCUGUAUAAAAUUAAAUAAACAUUGUAUGCAAUUGUAUAUUUCACUCAUAUAUUCCUUUAUUUUUGUACUGUAUUUUUUUAAAUAAAGGUCCUUAAUUUCA